CCGUUCGCGUCGUCCCCAAGGCCCAAACGCGGCUUGAUUCGUUCCUCUGCAAAACCCUACCAGAAACCCCAGCCCUUGUUGUCGCAGAUCAAACAGAGACCGCGACAUGUCUUUGAGGGUUCUCGGAUCGCGUGCCAUUCCCUUCCUAUCGAAGCGCAAUGGGCGACUUCUAUGCUCCGUCGCUGCUUCCAGUGCUCCCAAGGAGCCGCUCUCUUCCGCCUCCCCAGAAUCCGAUGUGAGUUCAAAAAAGCAAGGUUGGAGUUUCCUCAAGGUCGCCCUCGCUAGUACGCUCACUGGAGCCACCGCUGCAGCUGGUUACGCUACAUAUGCUUACAGUUUGGAUGAAAUUGAAGAAAAAACGAAGUCUCUACGCGAAUCAGUGAAGUACAAUGCAGGCGAAAAUGCCACUGCCCUCGAUAAAUUUCAGCAAUUGCUAUAUUCAACUGCAAUGACAGUGCCUGCUAAAGCAGUAGAACUCUACUUGGAUGCACGAAGGCUUAUAGAGGAACAGGUUCAGAGUUAUACAGAACCAUACUCAGAUAAGCUUCUUCCAGAUUUGCUUCCUCAGGAGCAACACGUGUUUACACUCGUUCUUGAUCUCAACGAAACUCUAAUUCACUAUAUCUGGACGAGGGAUACAGGCUGGCAGACUUUCAAACGACCUGGAGUUGAUGCGUUCUUGGAGCAUCUAGCACAGUUUUAUGAAAUUGUUGUGUAUACUGAUGAACAAAAUAUGUUUGUAGACCCUGUUCUUGAUAGGCUGGAUACCAAGCACUGCAUAAGAUACAGGCUAUCAAGGCCAGCUACCAAGUAUCAGGAUGGAAAGCAUUAUAGAGACCUGUCAAAGCUAAACAGGGAUCCAAGAAAAGUUCUUUAUUUGAGCGGCCAUGCUUUGGAAAGUUGCCUUCAACAUGAGAAUUGCGUCCCUGUUAAGCCCUGGCAGCAGAAUGAUAAAGAAGACACGGCUCUUUUGGAUUUCAUACCAUUCCUUGAGUUUGUUGCCCGGAGCAGUCCGGCUGAUAUAAGGCCAGUGUUAGCGUCUUACCAAGGAUGUGAUAUCCCAACUGAAUUCAUUAGACGGUCCAAAGAGCAUCAAAGGAGAAUCCAAGGACAGAAGCGUGGUUUUUGGAAACAUUGAUACCAACAACACGAAAGCGGAUAAUUUGUACUGGGAAAAUGAGGAGACUACGCUGAUGGUUUCAUCGCAAACUUAUUCACCAAGGAUCUUGAAGUGAUUGUCAUUAUUUUAACGUUCAAGGAAUAGAGAAAUAUAGAUUGUUUUCCUCGAGUCUGGAAUAAUCCAUUUUUGACACUACUAACCAUGUUGCUGAAAAAGCACCUAUUAUUGAUGACAGGUUUUGGAUCACCCAUUUAUCAACUUCCAUCUCCUUAUUUACAGCUCUACAGCUCAAAGUCAGAUCUAGUUUGACUUCAGCUCUCAGGCACGUUUUGCAAAUGAUAGAGAUUGGUAAUUCAAUUCAUUUAUAAAUAAACAUGUGAAUAAGAGAACUUCCAGUGGUAUUUACCUCUUA